AUGGAGAAGCAAAAGGUUGCUGCACUUGUCUACAUGCAUGGCGGUGGCUAUACCGUUGGGUCAGUGGACGAAUUUGAAAACGGACUGAGGAUAUUGGCGGAAGAAUCCGGUGUAAUUGUUGGUUGUAUCUUUCGACCAUUCCACGAAAUGCUAGCUAACCAUUUGAACAGACUAUUGGCGUGGAUUAUCACUUGGCCCCUGAACAUCGUUUUCCCACACAACUUGAAGAGUACUCAGCCGUCAUUGACUGGGCUCAAGGCUCGGAAGGUGCUUUGCGAGGGUUACAUCCUGACCUCGUAUUCGGGGGAGGUGAUUCCGCCGGCGGCAACAUGA